AUGGCGAGGCAAUCAGUCCUGAAUCGCGGCAAUAAGCGUGCUCUCCCCUUUUCCAAUACCCAGUUCGCCGACGACGGAAUGGGUGCGUUCAGCGCUUUCGUUACCCGCCGAAUGGAUCCCGAUGCCGCAGAGAAUAGCGGCCUGCGGAGAUGGCGCAGACGUGCGAAUACAGUCGCAGGAGGUAAGUUCGUUCCGUCUGGAAAGGCUUGGAAGGGCAGUAAUGCUGACGCGGCGUCGCGCAAAGGUCAGGACGGCCACGAUGUCAAGGAAUCUUGGGCUAAGCGGGCGGCGAAGGGCCUCUGGGAGCGUGUUCACAACCGUGACGGUCGAUCAAAGGAUGCGGAGGCGACUGGGAGUGCGUUGAGGCUUGAGUCGGACAACAACCUUUCUACGGGGCUGAGCACACAGCUGCUGAUUCCUGCCCCUGUCGCUCCACCGAUACCACAAUAUACGCAGGAAGAACAGCGUCCCGAGACCGAAUCAUCCUCUUCGACAGCCAACACCGUCUCCUCCUCGAGGACCAUUACUACCACCCAAUUCGGAAGCCCACUGACGCUGGUCCCUCAUCAUACACGUGCGGGAAGUCCCACACAUGACUGGAUCCCGGCUUCCCCAAGCCCCCGGACCUCGGAGAUCUCUACCGUCAUCGAGUCGCCCUCGGGUUCUGAUCUAUCCGUCGAUCCCUAUAACGAGCUCAUCAACAGCAUCGAACGAUUUCACUUCGCUCUUCUUGUGGACUCCAGCACCAUUGAUAACAUUUGCGGCGACGUACGAGAUGUACUUGAGAUUAGUAGCAAUAACUUGCUGACCGUCGGAUGCGACCUACAAAGGCUGCUGGUCAUCUGGCGUAAGAUCACCAGCAACGCAGCGAACGUUGCGGCGCUUGAGACGUCAGAACCAUGGGCCCUUGUAAGUAAGGAGCACAUCGCGAAAGCCUGCGUAGACAUGAAGAAAGGGCUUCAGUCGUAUCGGGACUGGUUGGACAUCGUGGCUCGCAACAAGAGGAUAGCCCAAUCUCAGAACGCGAUCAGCCAUGAGUGGUGCGCAGCCUUGAACGACAAGGUGAAAGCGCUCGAUGUGAUCGAAGCGCUGGACUUUGACGAUGUUGCUGCUCAGGUGGAGCUUGUCAUGAGGAAGUACGUCGGUGCUGAGGAGGAAGUCGCGACUACAAGUGGACCAGCUGCACCUGCCAGUAUGACUAACACCACGUUGUUGCCUAGCGCCAUCUCCAGAUGCCGCCGCACUUCGCCUUCACUGAGCAGGCGCCUGUUGGCCUCACUGUCGCGACCGCGAUGUGCUUCGACCAUCCUGCAAGCAAGCUCAAUCCGCGACAGCCCACGGGCCUCGCAAACAACAUCGCGAUACCCGCAGUUAUCCCAGUCGCCUACGCCUGUGCCAUCACUUCCACCUGCCUCGGUGCAAUACGGGAGUCAGCCUACUCCGGCCGUAGCGAGCGCCCCCAGCCAUGCCCAGCCUGCAACAGCUAGCUUGAGGCCGACUGCGUCUACCACGAAUGCGCCCAACUAUGCCCGGCCGACGAAAGCAAGCCUGGGAUGGUGCCAAUCGACAGCCAGAAACAGCAUGUCUGCAUCCAGAGUCGCGCCAGCAUCUCAGUUGCACCAUCUGGCUUCUGCUAUUCACAGUCGCCGGACAAACGGGUUACAGCGUGAGACCUGGCCAGAUGACGACCACAGCGGCCCUUCACCCGAUCUAGAACACGCUCCGCCCAUCCCGCCCAAGUCCAUCAAGAGACUGAUACCUAGAGCGUCCACCCCGUCGCCCGCCCACUUACGCUCGGACUCAGCCCAGUCUUUGUCGCGGGACGACGUAGCCACUACUCGGCGAAGUACCUGCUCUUCAAUCUAUACUAACAGCAGGAUUCCUGUAAAGGCUAAUGGCACGAGCAAUCCAGGUUCCCCUCGGCCUGCCAUGGCUGAUGCGCAGACCGAGCAUGACGCGAACACGCCUCGCGUACCUACACCGCGACCUGGGCGCGACAAGUUCGAUGUUGGCGUCGAUCACAAUCGGGAUCCCAGCCCCAACACGCAUGAUAUGGCGGUCAGAAUGGAUGAGAUACGCGCGAGGAUGAGCCGGAUGACGGCGGACAUGAAGGCAAGGAAGCUGGAAAGAGAGAAGAACGUCUCGACACAAGAUGGACCGACAGAAGCUAGAGAUGAUGCGCACGCCCAGGAAGGCUAA